CUCUAUAUAUAAAAGGAGAGAGAGAAGAGAGAGAGAGAGAGACGCGGCGAUCCAACGACAAGCGAACAACGGAGAAGAGCGAGAGAGAGCGAGAGAGAGAGAGAGAGAGAGCGAAAAAGAAGAGCCGAGAAGCCUCGCGAUUCUUCCGCUCGAUUCGCCUCCAGGAAAGAGAGAAAGAAACUCGCCGGUUUAUGCUCUCCGCGACUCCCGUGGCGGCGGCGCACGGCGGUGCUUAUCCCCCUCCCUUUGCGCCUCCUACUCCCAUGGUCGCAGCGGGAGCAGCGGCGGCGUUGCCGUGCUCCUUGGAGGACCCAAGCAGGAAGGUUCGGAAGCCCUACACCAUCACCAAGUCGAGGGAGAGCUGGUCCGAGGUCGAGCACGACAAGUUCCUCGAGGCCCUCCACCUUUUCGAUCGCGACUGGAAAAAGAUAGAAGCUUUUGUAGGGUCAAAGACGGUGAUACAGAUAAGGAGUCAUGCGCAAAAAUACUUUUUGAAGGUUCAAAAGAAUGGCAUGAGCGAACAUGUACCACCCCCUCGACCAAAGAGGAAAGCAGCACAUCCGUAUCCGCAAAAAGCACCUAAAAAUGCUGCCAUCAUAACUCAGGCUGUCGCUCCUUCACCGGCUUCUUCUCUUGUGUUGGAACCCUGCUAUACCGUAUCUAGUGAUAGCUCUACUGUCGUUAGGAACUCUACUUCAAAUGCUACAUUGUCCUCUUGUGUUAAUGGUUCAGUUCAGCCUUUUAGUGCUGCUCAAAUGACAAAAGUACCAAGCGAAGCUAUUAUGGCCAAUAAUUGUUGUAGCAGGACUGAGAGCCCUACUGAGGUGUGGCUGGCUUCUGAAACAACUGAGAAGGAAAAUCAAGUUCCAUUUCUUCGGGUCAUGCCGGACUUCUCUCAAGUAUACAGCUUUCUUGCCGGCGUAUUUGACCCAAAUACGAGUGGGCAUUUGGAGAAGCUUAAAGAGAUGGACCCAAUUGAUGUUGAAACAGUACUGUUGCUGAUGAGGAACCUAUCGGCCAAUUUGACCAGCCCCGACUUUGAGGCACAUAGACGGUUACUUUCCACAUAUGGUUCCGGCACGGAGGAAGCUAACUCGAACAGCUUCAGCAAUCUGCUUCAAGCAAGUAGAACACCGGUCACUCCAUUCAUAACUCCCAGGGUGGAGGUCGAGUGAAGCGCACCGAGGAAUCCCUCAAUGUUAUGUACUCACUUCGAUCCGAAAAAAAAGCAGUAGUGAGCAAACAUUUCUACUUUACUUUGCUCCGGAAGUAGACUCCAGGUUUCGAAACCGUUUCUGGGGUUAGCUUUUUCAUUGUAUAGCUUUUUGCGAAUCUCCGCCCCUCGAGGAAAAAAUAGUGAUCCUGUAAAUAACUAGUUUUGUAUUUUUCGUGUAAAUCAUCGGAGGUGUCACGAAGAUUAAAGCUUGAGGAAUCUCUUCUAUGUAUCUCAAAUGUGUGCGCAAAAACAGGUGUGUUCAUGUGUAAUUUUGUAUGUAUGUAUAUAAAUGUAUAUAUGUUUGGAAUCUGAGCAAAACAUGGUUUGUUUUA